CACAUUUGAAGAUUGUGUCCUGUGACAAUUAAGAGCGUCGUAGUGUGUAGUGAGUAGUGUGUAGUGUGUAGUGUACGACACAAAUCCUCUUUAAUUGUGGCUAUCCUCCCAACCUUACCUCACCGUAUCCUUUCCUUCCUUCUCUAUUCUUUCUUUUCUUACAUUGGUAACAGCUGCCACCGCCGUUUCCUUUCACAUUCUCUCUCUUCCUUUCCCCAAAAUCAUUUUUUUUAUACUCUUUUUCUCAUCAUCAUGCCUCCAUAACUAUACCAUAGCUUUACAUUAACACUACUCACACACACUUCACAAAUCAUAAAAAAAUAAAUCAAAAUUCAAACUACACUAAUCAUGUAUAUUUAUUCUUCAUCGGUUCCUCGCUGGCUUCAAUUUCUCCUCACUGAGAAAUUCUACAACGCCUGUUUAAUUCAUCCAGAAACAAAAAAGAAUGAAAAGAACGUGUAUUGUUUGGAUUGUUGCAUCAGUCUUUGCCCUCACUGUGUUUCUCCACAUUCCUCUCACAGACUCUUACAGAUUAGAAGAUAUGUGUAUCACGAUGUUGUAAGAAUGGAUGAUGCCGCAAAACUAAUAGACUGUUCUUACAUUCAAUCCUACAAAACAAACAGUGCGAAAGUGGUGUUUUUGAAUCAAAGGCCUCAAACCAAGAAAUGCUCCUCCGGCAAUAUCUGCAGCACCUGUGACAGAAGUCUGCAAGAACCAUACAAUUUCUGUUCUCUCUCUUGCAAGGUGAUUCACCUUGUCAAAACAUUGGGUACACUAUCUGGCUAUCUUUUCGAGUGCAACUACAUGCCAUUAUCCGAUUCUGGGCUAGACGACGGUUUAAUGACUCCUGACUCGGUUCUCGAACCGGCUGGUUCGAACAGGACUUCGUCUGGUUCGGGUGGAUAUGGUGGAGUGGAUUGUAGAACCACUCUUGCUUGCACUGCAACUACUGAGAUUGUGAGAAAGAAGAGAAGCGGUUGUUCAACUUUCCGACCACCGUGUCGGCCUGCAUGCUCGCCGGUAACGGAAAUCGCGGUGAAUCUGAUGAAUAGAAGGAAAGGAAACCCGCAGAGGGCCCCACUUUAUUGAGGAAGAAUAAUAGGCUUAAAUUAAAUGAGAGAAAAACUUUGGUAUUUUGAUUUUUAUGAUUGUUAUUAUUAUAAAUGUUAUAAUUAAUUAAUUAAUGUUUUGAAAUCUUGGGUUGGAAAGGGAAAAAGGCUAUAUCUAUUUAUAUAUAUAUAUAUAUAUAUAGCUCCUAGUUUUUUUUAGAGAUUUUUAUGAGCCUAUGUGAUAGGAUAUGAUAUGAUGUGACCGGGUUUGUUAUAUUGCACAGUGUAAUGGAGCUUAUUUUGAUUUUGGAUUAUCA